ACCCAAUCCUUCCUUCCCUGAUUUAUUUUAUGCCCUACACUUCACCCGCCUUCGUCUAUUCUGUGCAGCAGUCAAUCAAAAGGGUUUUCGGCAUCUCUCUCUCCCACCUCGAUCAUCAAUGGCUGGCAAGACUCACUUUGAUUCUCGCCCUAAUUUGAUCACCAAAGAAUCGAUGAAUUGGGUUCAACGCAAGAUUUAUCUUUAUAACGUCACCUUCGGUCUCUACAUGCUCGAUUGGUGGGAGCGCUAUCUUUUCAAUACACUUGUUCUUGUGCUGAUGUGGUUUAUCUUCUACAACACUUCGAGAUACGUGACUGAUUUCUGCAAAAGGCACCUGCAUUGAUGUAUAGCUUCUGUCAUCGGAUACUAAUGUGCAUUACCAUGUGGAUUAACGUCUGAGUCGUGUUUUAGCAGCAGACAACUGAAAAUGUGCUCAAGCAAUUCAAAUGUAUGUACUUUCUCAUUUCCAGACUUCAAAAGAUCAACUCAGUCUUAUGUCCUCUUGAUCCCACUCAAGAAAUUAUGCAUUUGUAACGAUAUAAAAGGUCAGAUUCACUGAUUCUGCUUGGCCAUUUAAGUUACAGUCUUUGUCUUUGAAUGAACUUUAAAGCUAAAAGUUUUUUCAGUCACUGAAUCUGAUUUUUAAUUAGUUCAGAUUGUAUCAACGAUUAUUUCAUGCUUCAUUAUCGAAAACAAUUCUUAGGUUGUUA